GUUUUCAGCCUUCCCGGGGAAGAGGCGACACUGUUGCCCAGCCAUGCCCGCGCCGUGGAGAGUCAUGCUGCUGUGGAUGUGUGUGUGCCUCGCGCUUCCAGCUCAGGCGCGUGGAGCUCUGGUCGUUUCUCGCAGAAACGCUCUGACGGAGGAAACCAAAGAAGCUUUGGGCCCCAGGUCAAUAACGAAAAGAAGCACAAGCUCUGUAAAUAUGGUGGAGGUGUACAGCGUGAAAGUGGACUGCACAGUGAUGUCUCGAUUCGCCCACACCGUCAUGACCUCCAGGGCUCUGAACAAGGCAAACUCCUCCCAGGAAAUCUUCUUCGACGUGGAGCUGCCCAAGACGGCCUUGAUCGUCAACUUCAGCAUGCAAAUUGAUGGUGAGGUUUAUGUUGGGGAGGUGAAGGAGAAAGAGAAAGCCAAGAAACAGUAUGAGAAGGCUGUUUCCUCUGGACAGACUGCUGGACUGGUCAAAGUUUCUGGAAGGAAGAUGGAGACGUUUUCAGUGUCUGUCAACAUUGCAGCCAAAAGCAACGUGACUUUCAUUCUGACCUACGAGGAGCUCCUUCAGAGGAAACUGGGCCAGUAUGAGAUCCUGACUCGAGUUAAACCCAAACAACCAGUGCAGGAGUUUCAGAUUGUGGCAAACAUCUAUGAGGCUCAAGGCAUUGCUUUUGUUGAGGCCACUGCAACCUUCCUCUCCAAUGAGCUGCUCCCCCUGGUGGAUAAAACCAUCUCAGACAACAAGGCACACAUCUCUUUCUCACCAACGCUGGAGCAGCAGAGGAAAUGUCCAGGAUGUGAAGGAACGAUAAUUGAUGGAGAUUUCAUCAUCAAGUACGAUGUGAAACAAAAAGAGGGACUCGGGGAACUUCAGAUUGUGAACGGAUACUUUGUGCACUUCUUCGCUCCUCCUGACCUGCCCAGAGUCCCAAAGAAUGUGGUGUUUGUGAUUGACAGGAGCGGAUCAAUGAGUGGAAGUAAGAUUGCACAGACCCGCUAUGCGCUGGUGGCCAUUCUGAAUGACCUCCACGAAGAGGACCACUUUGCUCUGAUCCUAUUUGAUGAUAAAAUCACCACCUGGAAGGAGUCUCUGACCAAAGCAACACACAGAUAUGUGACUGAAGCCAUUGCCUACAUCAGGAAACUAAAAGACAAAGGAAGCACCAAUAUCAAUGACGCUGUUCUGAAGGCAGUAAACAUGCUGGAGAAAGAAAGACGAGAUAAGAACCUUCUAGAGAGGCGUGCGGACAUGAUUAUUUUACUGACUGAUGGGAUGCCAAACAGCGGGGAGUCCAACCUGAAGACCAUUCAGGAGAAUGUGCGCUCUGCUAUUGGGGGGAAGAUGACUCUGUUCUCUCUUGGAUUCGGAAAUGAUGUGGAUUACUCCUUCCUGGAUGUGAUGUCCAGACAAAACAAAGGAGCAGCCCGCCGGAUCUUUGAGGGUUCAGAUGCAGCCGUUCAACUCAAGGGUUUCUAUGAGGAGGUGGCCAGCCCUCUUCUCUUGGAGGUAGACCUGCGUUAUCCUGAACAAGCGGUGGUUUCCGUGACCAAAAACCACUACAGCCAGUUGUUUAAUGGCUCGGAGAUCGUGGUGGCCGGUCGGCUGACUGACAGUGACAUGGAUAACUUCGUGGUGGAGGUGUUUGCCCAGGGGCCUGAGGAGGACUUCCAGGUGCAGGGAAAGGCCAGUGUGGUAAACUUGGAUGUGAUCUACCCAGACCAGGAGUACAUCUUUGGAGAUUUUUCAGAGCGUCUUUGGGCCUACCUCACUAUCCAACAGCUACUGGAGAACAGUGACAUUGGUACUCAGCAAGAGAAAGACAAUGCGACAGCCAAGGCCCUGGACUUGUCCCUGAGAUACAACUUUGUCACCCCUCUCACCUCCAUGGUGGUCACCAAGCCUGAAACUGAGGACGGACCAGUCAGCCCUCUCAUCGCUGAUAAACUGACUGAGGACCAGCGACAGAAAGCAGAGAGAAAAAGUGGUUUCUCUGCCCUUGGUGGCAGUUCCAAGAGGGUUAGCAGCUCCCCAGUUAGCAUCUUGCGGGGUAGCAGCUCUCCAGUUAGCAAAUCGCCGAGUAGCAGCUCCCGGGGUAUCAGCUCCCGGGGUGGCAGCUCCCGUAGCCAAUCAGAUGUGGACGGAGAUCCUCACUUCAUGAUAGAGCUGCCAGGUAGAGAUGACGCUCUAUGCUUCAACAUCAACGACAAACCAGGAACCAUUCUCAACCUGGUUCGAGACCCAAAAUCUGGCUUUGUGGUGAACGGCCAGAUUAUUGGCAAGAAGAAAAUCGUUCAGGAUGGUAACAACCACACCUACUUUGGUCGUUUUGGUAUCAUCCACCAGAAACUUGGACUGAGGCUAGAGUUGAGCACUCGGGACAUCUUAGUCUUCCACGAGGGCAAGCAGAUAAAGCUGCUAUGGUCUGAUACGGCCUCUAUCAAAGGAAGGAAUGUGGACUUCAGGUUAACGAAGGACUGCAGCCUGACAGUGACGCUGAGGCACUCGGUCAGAUUUAUGGUCAUCAGACACACAAAGGUUUGGAAGAGACGCCACGAACAACAAGACUACCUGGGUUUCUACACCCUGGACAGCCACCACUUGUCUGCCUCUGUUCAUGGUCUUCUAGGUCAGUUCUACCAUGGGGUUGAGUUUGAGGUGACACAACUGCAUCCAGGUGAGGUCCAGGAGAAAACAGAUGCCACCAUGUAUGUGAAGGGACAAAUACUCAACGUGACCAGACACUGGCAGAAGGACUUCAGCAGGGAUGUGAAGAAUGGAGAAAAUAUUCCCUGUUGGUUUUUUAACAAUGAUGGAGUCGGCCUCAUUGAUGGAAGAGCCUCGGACUACACCGUGUCGGGGCUUUUUAAGGCUGCUUUUUGAAUCUUGAACACUCAAAAUCUCCGUGGCAAUGCACUGGGGCCACAUUAUUGUGGUUAGAAUCACUUGUUAUAGUGAGUUGGUGUGUCUUCAUUCAAACAUUACACACAUGCCGAAACAAACAUUAUAAAAACCAAGAGAAUUACAUUUGUAGAUAUAUAGUGGUACACAAUUCAUGAUUAUAGAACUCUAAACUAAACAUUACUCACAAAAAAUUACAAUAUUACUAAUAAUGUCUGCGGUUUAUGAAAGUUAGAAUGCUGGCCGAUGGAUUUACUGAUGACGUAAAUAAUAUGGUAGAGCUUUCCAAUAUUAGGCUGUAUUGAAAUUAUACAAGUCUGCAUAUUUCACAUACCAACAUAACUUCUCUCCGCUUCUUUCCAAUUAAAUCAAUAUUUAAAUGUUUACAGUUGGAUAUUCUUGCUCAGCCCAGCAUAUUUGGGUUUAAUGUAUUUGCACUUGGGUUCAUUUCGAGGUAAUAUGUACACGUAUACAUGACCUCGGCCACAACUGCAGCACUUGUGUUUCGCCUCACUCUUUGCUUUGGGAGCUGCGCUUUAAUUCACAAAAAUACUGCCCUGUGUGACUGUAGUGUUGCCUCAAAAAAGAGGGCACCUCACUGGUGUAAAACUCCAGCCACAUAGUUGAGGACUAUAGCAAUUCACGUUGCAGGAAAUUGAAAAAAUUAGUCAGUCUGAAACCUUUAGUGACACUGUUUGCAUUAUGUUCAUUAAUAUUCCUUAUAUGUAUGCAUUCCAAUGUAUUUAAGGUGGAACAAUCAUUUUUGAAAGAGACAAUAAUCAAUAAGUCACAUUUGACUGCUAUGUACUCACAUUUACUCCUGGCACAGCUAUGCAAGAAGCAUUAAUUUCAAUAUAUUUAAUCUGGAUUGCGUGCUUCAAGGAAUAUGUC